GAUCGAUGACCAAACGAGCUCCGAUCCGGAUGAAAUUUUAGUAUGUUGUUCCUCACAUCCUCUUCUUCAUAUCCAACGGUGGGAUUGUUGUUUUGACCUCUCGAUGUCGGUAAAACUGCCUCUGUUUGCUGCUGCAUUUUUGUAUGGGUUUUCUCACUUUUGAGUGAAGAUUAUUGUUGUUUGGUGUUCCAAGUUGUUGCUUGAUGAUUGUGUAAACCUCUAAUUGAUUUAGAGAGGAUUCUUGGUGUACCCACUGAUUUUUCUUGGUGAUUAGUGGAAGGCUCUCUUCUUCUGCCACGCGCUCUCUCUCUCUCGCGCUACCUGUUAUCAAUAUACCAUCCACCAGUUUUAUCUAUCCAGACUUCGCAGUUUCCUCGACAAUCUCCACCGCCUCGCUUGCCGACAUUCUGGGGACAAUACCCCAAAACCUAGGGAUUUGGAGUUUAUGUAUUUUCAUCUUCCCUUCUGCUGCUGCUGUGCCUGAUAUUUUGUCUUCGAUGAUAAAACCCUGUGUUUUCAUGUGUAAUGUGUCUGUAGAACAAUUCACUCUCCCUCUCUUCAUCUCUGCUACUUGUCACCGUUUUGGAGCUACGGACAGAGGUUUUCAUCGCCAGAUGGUGGAAGGCCCAUUACACGAGCUGAACCCUAUUGCUAUUCCAUCUUGUUAUAUAUCGAUUUGUCUAGUGAAGCAGCUUCAAUUCAUACGUCUUGAUUCCCUCCCCUUCCUUCUGCACUGAUAUCUCUGAGAAAUGGGUAUCGGUGUCACUUUGUUCACUUCUGAAAUCUCCAACCAGGCACCGUUCCUUUCGGCCGUCCUCGCCGGUCUUCAUGGUCUGCCGGUGCUUGAGCUUGCCUCCAUUUGCAUUCACUUGACGCUUUUCCUUGUGUUCGUCUCAGUUGUGUCCGCCAAACAGAUUUUCCUGUGCUAUGGCCGGAUUAGGACCUGCAAGGAGAGUUCAAACAUCUGUGCAGAAUCAGUUCCAGUUGGGAGAAGGGAUGAUGUUCAAAUCCAGAGGGUUGAAACCGACAGAAGCUACAAGCUUUCUCUUAUCUGUUGCUUCUAUGUGUUGUUCCUGUGCAUUGUUGUGCUGGGAUAUGAUGUGGUUGGUCUGAUAAGGAAGGCCGCACAAGGGGAGGAGAAUGUUGUGAAUUGGACCGUUAUACUUUCGCCUGCAGCUCAGAGUUUGGCUUGGUUUGUGUUGAGCUUCUUGGCAAUCUACUGCAAAUUCAGGGGAGCAGAAAAGUUCAAUUUGCUUAUGAGGGUUUGGUGGAGCCUGUCUUUUCUCAUAUGUUUGGGUACUUUGUAUGUCGAUGCUAGAGGGGUUGUAGCAGAAGGGUCAGCACACCUGAGUUCUCAUGUGUUGGCGAAUUUUGCUUCUACCCCUGCCCUUGCGUUCCUAUGUUUUGUUGCUAUUAGGGGGGAUAGCGGUGUACGAGUACACACGAACCCUGAUGCUGAACAGCCAUUACUGUUAGGGCAAGAAGAGGAGCCAGAGUGUCUCAAAGUCACUCCUUACAGCAAUGCUGGUUUCUUCAGUUUGACCACUCUUUCAUGGCUAAACCCUCUUCUUUCCACUGGUGCAAAGAGGCCACUUGAUCUGAAAGACAUUCCACUCCUUGCACAAAAAGAUCGUUCCAAGACCAACUAUAAACUCCUGACUUUUAACUGGGAGAAGUUGAAGGCUGAAAACCCAUCUGGACAACCUUCUUUAGCUUGGGCUAUAUUGAAAUCUUUCUGGAGGGAGGCUGCAUGCAAUGCAAUCUUUGCUGGGGUGAACACACUGGUUUCGUAUGUCGGGCCGUACAUGAUUAGUUACUUUGUAGAUUACUUAGCAGGGGUUGAAGCAUUCCCCCAUGAAGGGUACAUUCUCACUGGAAUUUUCUUUGUAGCAAAGUUGGUAGAAACAUUCACAAGCCGGCAAUGGUAUCUUGGGGUUGACAUUCUGGGAAUGCAUGUUAGGUCUGCUCUCACUGCAAUGGUAUACCGCAAGGGACUCAAGCUAUCAAGCUCUGCCAGGCAAAGCCACNUCCUCUUCAAAUCAUCCUCGCUCUUGCAAUUCUAUACAAGAAUGUCGGAAUUGCAUCUGUUGCGACCUUAAUUGCUACCGUCAUAUCCAUUGUUGCAACAAUCCCAUUAGCACGGAUUCAAGAAGACUACCAAGACAAUUUGAUGGCUGCUAAGGAUGAUAGAAUGAGAAAGACUUCUGAAUGUCUUAGGAACAUGCGGAUUCUAAAACUGCAAGCUUGGGAAGAUAGGUACCGUCUUAUGUUGGAAGAAAUGCGCAGUGUGGAAUACAAAUAUCUGCGCUUGGCUCUUUAUACCCAAUCACUAGUUACUUUCAUUUUUUGGAGUUCACCUAUAUUUGUUUCAGCUGUUACUUUUGGCACCUGCAUAUUGUUGGGGGGUCAGCUUACAGCAGGAAGUGUCCUUUCUGCUCUUGCCACUUUUAGGAUCCUUCAGGAACCACUUAGAAAUUUCCCUGACCUGGUUUCAAUGAUGGCUCAGACAAAAGUAUCUAUUGACCGAAUAUCUGGAUUUCUAAUGGAGGAGGAGUUGCAGGAAGAUGCAACUAUUGCAUUGCCCCGUGGAAGCAGUAACGUGGCAAUAGAAAUUAAGAACUCUGACUUUUGCUGGGAUGCAUCUUCUACAAGGCCAACGUUGUCUGCCAUACAUUUGAGAGUUGACCGUGGAAUGCGUGUAGCUGUCUGUGGCGUGGUGGGUUCUGGCAAGUCAAGCUUCCUUUCUUGCAUCCUUGGUGAAAUCCCUAAACUCACUGGUGAAGUUCGGAUUUGUGGAGCUGCAGCUUAUGUCUCUCAGUCAGCUUGGAUACAAUCUGGAACCAUAGAAGAUAACAUUCUCUUUGGCAGUCCAAUGGAUAAAUCUAAGUACAAAAGUGUGAUCCAUGCAUGUUCGCUGAAAAAGGACUUGGAGCUUUUUUCGCAUGGUGACCAGACUAUUAUCGGCGAUAGAGGCAUAAAUCUUAGUGGUGGCCAGAAGCAAAGAGUGCAGCUAGCGAGGGCACUCUAUCAGGAUGCAGAUAUAUAUUUGCUUGAUGAUCCAUUCAGCGCUGUUGAUGCACAUACUGGAUCUGAAUUGUUCAAGGAGUACAUAAUAACAGCCCUUGCUACAAAAACUGUGGUGUUCGUAACUCAUCAGGUUGAGUUUUUGCCUGCUGCUGAUAUGAUAUUGGUUCUUAGGGAAGGCCGUAUCACUCAAUGUGGAAAAUAUGAUGAACUUCUUGAAGCAGGAACUGACUUCAGGAGUCUGGUUUCAGCGCAUCAUGAAGCAAUUGAAGCUAUGGACAUCUCUUACCUUGAGUGCGAAGAACAAGACGAACAUCAUCCUCUUGAUGGAUCAAUUCUAAUGAGUAAAAAAUGUGAGUCAAUAGGAGCUAAUAUUGACACUAUGGCAAACGAAGUGCAAGAAAGCGCAACUGCUGCUGAAAAAAGAGCAAUCAAAGAGAAAAAGAAAGCUAAACGUGCUAAGAAAAAGCAGCUUGUUCAGGAAGAGGAACGUGAGAGAGGAAGGGUUAGCAUGAAGGUUUACCUAUCAUAUAUGGGAGCUGCAUAUAAAGGCUUAUUAAUUCCUCUUAUCAUUAUUGCACAAACAUUAUUUCAAGUUCUUCAAAUAGCUAGUAACUGGUGGAUGGCUUGGGCAAAUCCUCAAACCCCUGGAAAUGAAGCAAAAACAAGUAGUUUGGUUCUUCUUCUGGUUUAUAUGGCCCUUGCCUUUGGGAGCUCGUUCUUUAUUUUUAUUAGGGCUGUUCUGGUUGCUACUUUUGGUCUAGCUGCAGCACAAAAGCUGUUUUUGAACAUGCUGAGAACAGUUUUCAGGGCACCAAUGUCUUUUUUUGACUCCACUCCAGCAGGGCGUAUUCUAAAUCGUGUCUCUAUUGAUCAAAGUGUCAUUGAUCUUGAUAUUCCAUUCAGACUUGGAGGCUUUGCUUCAACAACGAUCCAGCUGCUCGGUAUUGUUGGUGUCAUGACAGAAGUAACCUGGCAGAUUUUGCUUCUUGUUAUCCCAAUGGCAAUUGCUUGCCUCUGGAUGCAGAAAUACUAUAUGGCUUCCUCGAGGGAAUUGGUUCGGAUUGUCAGCAUUCAAAAAUCUCCAAUCAUACAUCUCUUUGGUGAGUCAAUUGCUGGAGCUGCUACAAUCAGAGGUUUCGGGCAAGAGAAAAGAUUUAUGAAAAGGAAUCUCUAUCUUCUUGAUUGUUUCACACGCCCAUUCUUCUGCAGUAUAGCUGCUAUAGAAUGGCUCUGCCUACGCAUGGAGUUGCUUUCAACAUGUGUCUUCUCAUUUUGCAUGGUUUUGCUUGUGAGUUUUCCCGUUGGAAGUAUAGAUCCGAGUAUGGCAGGACUUGCCGUAACAUAUGGGCUGAACUUGAAUGCACGCCUAUCACGGUGGAUACUUAGCUUUUGCAAGCUUGAAAACAAAAUUAUUUCUUUAGAAAGGAUUCAUCAAUACUGUGAAAUACCCAGUGAGGCUCCAAUGGUUAUUGACAGUUCUCGGCCUCCAUUGUCAUGGCCAGAAGAAGGAAACAUUGAACUCUUUGAAUUAAAGGUCCGUUACAAGGAGAAUCUUCCUACAGUACUCCAUGGCAUAUCUUGCAUAUUUCCUGGCGGGAAGAAAAUUGGAAUUGUUGGCCGAACUGGAAGUGGGAAGUCUACUCUGAUUCAGGCCCUAUUCCGAAUGGUCGAACCUGACGGGGGAAGAAUAGUUAUUGACAAUAUUGACAUUUCAACUAUCGGAUUGCACGAUCUUCGCAGUCGCUUGAGUAUAAUACCCCAAGAUCCUGCAUUAUUUGAAGGCACUAUUAGAAGCAACCUUGAUCCCCUUGAAGAAAAUACGGAUGAACAAAUAUGGCAGGCACUUGACAAGUCACAACUUGGAGAUAUAAUUCGACAAAAAGAGCAAAAACUGGACACCCCAGUGUUAGAAAACGGUGACAAUUGGAGCGUAGGGCAGAGGCAGCUUGUAUCUCUAGGCCGGGCACUACUGAAACAGGCCAGGAUCUUGGUGCUGGACGAAGCAACAGCCUCAGUGGAUUCAGCCACAGAUAACCUAAUCCAAAAGAUUAUCAGAACAGAAUUCAAGGAUUGCACCGUCUGCACCAUCGCACAUCGCAUCCCUACUGUAAUUGAUAGCGACCUUGUUUUGGUCCUCAGCGAUGGUCGAAUAGCUGAGUUUGACACCCCAGCUCGACUACUAGAGGACAAGUCCUCUAUGUUUCUAAAGCUGGUCUCAGAGUACUCGUCAAGAUCUAGCGGCAUGCCUGAUUUCUGAUUCUUGACUUCUUCUAGAGUCAGAGGUACAAGCAUUUCAUGGAAAUAGCCGCGGGUCCCGGUUCACGCUGCAACGUACAAACCAGACAGCUGCUGCUGCAAGGGGAAGGGUUGGGGAAGAACAAGUUGAAGGGUUAAAGAAAAUGAUUGUGCCAUUUGUAAUUUGCCUUUCCUCUGGGGUGGGGUGGGGUAAAAUUCUCUCCUUUUUUUUCACACGUUUGUAGAAACUGAGAAUAGAACAGUAAAUUUUGUAGUGGAAGUGGAAAAUGGAGUCUUGUAACUUUUCUUUCAUGUUUCUUACCAUGUCCCUCUAUUUUUCUUUUCACCUGCCUGUAAGUCUAGCUGCCCAUGUUGGUUGGUUUUUAUUUAUAUGUAUAUGGAGUACAUUAAGCCACGU